GGAGCGUAAGCACGUCAUCGUCAGAGAGGGCGACCGGGUACUCGGCAGCAUCUACGAAAGCGUCCGAAGGAUGCUCGUGUUUAAGCAUGCGGUGACCCAGACUGAAGCCUGAAUGUACAGUAGGUCUGCUGGCUGCAACAGCAGGGUAAUAGCUUAGAUGAAGGAUGAAGAGCCCGGUGCACAGAUGCAGGGAUGUGGAGCAUGGGCGUGGGCUAGCAGGGACCGGGUCAGGGACCACCUGCAUACAGACCGAGCAGCGCAUUCCCAUCUCCAAAGACGUCAUCACGUCGUCCUCUGCCUCUGCCAUGUGGUUCAUCAGGGAUGCCUGCGGCAUCGUGUGUGCUGUCAUCACCUGGCUGCUGGUGUUUUAUGCAGAGUUUGUGGUGCUUUUUGUGAUGUUGCUGCCCUCCAAGAAUCUGACAUACAGCAUUGUGAAUGGGACCCUGUUCAACACUUUGGCCUUCCUCGCCUUUGCUUCACACCUUAGAGCAAUGUGCACUGACCCUGGAGCCGUGCCAAAAGGAAAUGCUACAAAGGAAUACAUUGAGAGCCUUCAGCUGAAACCAGGGCAGGUGGUCUACAAAUGUCCCAAGUGCUGCAGCAUCAAGCCUGACCGAGCACACCACUGCAGUGUUUGCAAACGCUGUAUAAGGAAGAUGGACCACCACUGCCCCUGGGUAAAUAACUGUGUCGGGGAGAACAACCAAAAGUAUUUUGUGCUUUUCACAAUGUACAUUGCACUCAUCUCUCUCCAUUCUCUGGUCAUGGUGGUCUUCCAUUUCCUCAACUGCUUUGAAGACGAUUGGACAAAGUGCAGUACCUUCUCUCCUCCAGCUACAGUCAUCCUCCUCAUACUCCUGUGCUUUGAGGCUCUCCUCUUUCUCAUCUUCACUUCUGUGAUGUUCGGCACCCAAGUCCACUCCAUCUGUACCGACGAGACCGGCAUAGAGCAGUUGAAAAAGGAAGAGAGAAGAUGGGCUAAAAAAACUAAGUGGAUGAACAUGAGGGCGGUAUUUGGACACCCUUUCUCCUUUUUGUGGUUUAGUCCCUUCUCCACCCCUGACCAUGGGAAGGCUGAGACCUAUCAGUAUGUGGUGUGAGAGCUCAGCGCAGGGAGACGAGGCGGCUGUAUCAGAACCAGAGUGGGAAGCCCUGCUCAGACCCACAGAGCCGAGCUAUGGCAGUCUGUUGCUCCAAAUGAUGAACAUGAUUUAUCUCCCACGCUAGCUGUGGACCGCCUUCCAUCUGCUUUUUGUGUUGCCAACUAAGUGCGCUAUACGUUUAUUCUUGUGUUGCCUUGGGUGAGUUGAGUUGCAGAGAAAAAGAAAACACUUUUUAGUUUGUGAAUCCUGUUUUCAAAGACACUGUGAUGAAUCUGUUUUUUUUUUUUUCUGAGCCGUUUCUAUUUCUGUUGUUGUAUCAGAAGCCUUCUCUUUUCCUGCUUGGUUUACUCUUUUCUCUGUUGAAGUUUCAAGUUCAGCUGAAUUCCACCAAAAGACGUUUUUUUUCACUUAUAUCCUGCGGUGUCCGGCCAUGAGGAUGGUUUUAGUUUGGGGUCGAGGUUCUGAGCCCACUGCAUUUUUUUUUCUUGAUUAAUCUAUUCAUCUAUAAAAUGUCAAAGACCAGUGCCACCAUGUUUUAAGAACCUAAGUAAUCAAUCGAACAGUUUUUUGUUUAUAUAGGGCAAAAUCAAAGUAAAAGUUAGUCUAGACCAUACUCUUUUACAUACAACCAAUACAGACUUAUGACUAUAUGCCAGUAAUAAUGCUAAAACUAUGUAUAUAUGCAUUCAAAUAAAUUCCUUUAACCUUAAGGAUUAGCAUGAACACCCUAAAAAUCAAAAUAUAAGAACAAAUUAUAUAAAUUGUAGCAGUUGGAAUCAAGUAGAUCAAUCAAGAUAAAUGGGAAGUUAAUGCAUAUCAAUAAAAAGAGAAAGAAGGGGGGGCAGCCUUAACUAUAAGGUUUAGUCCAAAGGGAAUAUUUUAAGCCUACACAAAUAAUGACAUCAAAGCAAAUUAUUGACAGUUUGAAUUUCCAUCAUAAAAUCAAGGUAACAUAAGGUACAAGAAUGUACAUACAGUAUUUCAAACCAAAACUUUUUUUACUAUAUGAUCUUUGGUUCGUCCCGAGUAACCCACACCUCAUCCUUUUUAGAUGUCAGUGUUUAAAACAUGAAAGCCAACCAAGAUCCCAUUUAUAUCCAGUAGUUACUGUAAACAAAUCUAUCAGCAUGGCUACAUGACACCAAGAUGUGAGUGAAAAAAAUGGGUUUCUGGGUAAUUUAGAUGAAUUGACUAUUUAAACUUCCUUCUUGUCACACAAAAGGAUGCUAAAAAUAUAGCCUACAAAGCAAUGCAGAAGUGCCUUAAACCUGCAUUCUUUCUAAUGACCAGUAGUGGGCGACUCCACUGAUUACUGAAAUUAUUUAGAAGUCUGAAAAUAAUGAAACUGUAUACAUGGUUAACACUGGCUCCAAAAAACAAGAGGAUCACAUACAAAUGUGAAUGUGACAUAUUCAUCCUGAGACUCCAAAACAUUACUUGGUGUGCUGAUAAGUGAUGACAAGGUGGGGGGGUCCACUUAACUAUUCUAUGGUCUGACAGUACUCUGUAGGAGCUCCUGAUGUCGACUGUAACCCAGAACUUCCACCAGAUAUGUGUGCGUUGUGCGUCAGCUCCGCUCUGGUACGCUCCCUCAUUCGUCUACACCCACCGGUAAUGACAUAAGGUCAUUGUUCCCAACCGUUAGUGGACAUAAAAAAUAACCGUAAAAAUGUAGUGUUUUAUUCAGAAAAUAAACCGGAUGUCUUAAUGAUGUUUCGGUGUCUGACUUCCUGUCCUGUUCGAUCUGCACUGUGGUAAUUAGAUGUGCCAUGCUCUGGCAUCCGGAAAAAAUAAAAGCUUUGCAUAUCUGCUGCAAAGGGGUUUGUACUGCCAGAGCUGAAACCAAGUGCAGCAAGGCCAGUGGAAGCACGACUAAAGUCGAACACAUAUCUGGUGGAAUUUAGGAGCAAGAGGUUUAAUCAGAUCCCUCUAAAAUGGAUUCGAUUAAUUUCGAGGUACUUUCUGGGUUCUAAAAUCUCUAGUUGGGGAAUUUGUGCAAACAGGUUCUUUUGGGGCUAGCUAUUUUAAAUGGUGCCAAAUACAGCUCAUAAAGGAACAGUUUUCCAGCAUAGCUGUGGAUAUUUGACAAGUUGUGAUUGAUAAAUUAUUUUAUUAAACCAUGUUAGGAAAAAUGGUUUAAGAUUUACUAAUCAAAAUAAUAUCUUCUGAUACAAAUGUGAUAGCUACUUCCCAGUGUAAUACAAGUGCUCAAUUUUUU